AUGACUAUUACCUUCGGCGCCAUCUGCAACCUCCUGCAAAGCGUCGAGAACAUUUCUACACGGCAGCCACGACUGUCCGCACGAAAACAGAAGGAGAGCAUUCGCCAAGUACUUUCGAAUUGGUUCACCAACCAGAGACAGGCCCUCGAUGAUCCAAACACCAAUGGUGGUGCUAUCUUGUCUGCUCUAUUUCCGCAUCUGAGAAAGGAUCGAGUCUACGGCCUGCAGGCCCCACUACUUGCAAAGAAGCUCACCAAAUUACUAGCUUUCAAUCAUGGUCAACAAGCGUUAUUCGAAGGAUGGAAGACCGGAGCACAUGGCGAUCUUGGUGCGUAUACGGAACGCACAAUGAGACCUUGGGAUGGCACCUUUGGGACCAAGCAUGCAUUCCCUAUAGACAGGAUCGACCAACUGCUAUUCCAAUUAGCAGCCAAAUACAGAUUCUCCGACGAAGGUAUUCGGAAGCAGCGAGACUGGCAUGUCAGGACCGAUACGGAGCUGAAAGACAUCUUCGUCCGACUUGAAUCUUGGGAAGCAAAAUGGCUUGUUCGACUGAUACUAAGAAAUCACUGCACCAUUGAGCUAGAAGAGAAAUACGUCUUCGAGCGGUAUCACUUUCUACUACCAGACCUGUUGAAGUUCCAGAACGACUUCGACGCUGUUUUCAAUAUGAUAAGGGGAGAGCUAAACUGCUAUCCUUCUGACCCAGACGCCUCGCAACAGAAGACGAUGCGUGUAGAAGCGGCGCAGAAGCUGGAGCCGGUCAUUGGUGUCAAAGUCGGACGUCCAACAUUUCACAAGGCAUGGUCCUUAAAACAUUGCCUCCAGCUAGUGGGUAACCGAGCCUGGGCCGCUGAAGUCAAAUAUGAUGGCGAAUACUGCGAGAUCCAUAUAGAUUUGGAGAAUCCAAACAAUCAGAUCAAGAUCUUCUCAAAGAACGGCAAGGACGCAACUGCAGAUCGCCAGCCAUUACACAGCACCAUUCGUGAUGCCCUACGCAUCGGUCACCCUGGCUGUCAGUUCAAGAAGAAGUGCAUCGUCCUUGGCGAGAUGGUGCUCUAUAGCGAUAAGGAGAAAAAGAUACUGCCUUUUUCAAAAAUCCGAAAACACAUCUCCCGCUCAGGGACCUUCAUUGGCACGUUGCAAGACUCUGUGCCGCAUGCCUGGGAGCACCUGAUGAUCGUCUUCUUUGACGUCCUGUCACUGGACGACGAACCGGUCCUACGUCAUUGCCUACAAAAUCGACGAGAUAUACUGCGAAACCUAGUCCAAUUCAUACCUGGCCGGUCAAUGCGCUCGGUGUGGACCCUGCUCGACUUCAAGACAGGGGACGGCAUAACGGACCUCAAGCAGGCAUUCGCCCGCACCCUUGCAGAUCGCCAAGAAGGCCUUGUACUGAAGCCGCUCCAUACUCCGUACUUUCCACUAGUUUCAGAACAUGGGUAUCUUCAGGCACGAUUCUUCAUCAAGAUGAAGAAGGAUUAUCUCGCCGACAUGGGUGGUGAGCGUGAUCUAGGUGACUUCGCUGUCAUCGGGGCAAGCUUUGAUGCACAGGUGGCUCCUAAAACUGAUAUUAAGCCGCUACACUGGACGCACUUCUAUAUAGCAUGCUGUUUGAAUAAGGUCACCGUGCAGCGAACAGGGGAGAAGCCAAAGUUCAAGGUUGUUGCUUCACUAAGUUCAGACAAGUGUAUACCAAAACCCGACGUAAAGUACUUGAACGCACAGGGCUAUGUUCGGCAAGCUGCGCUGGGAAAGAAUGGCUCCAUUCAUGAGUACAACAUCGAGCAAUCAAAGGGCUACGAUCGACGUAUGACUGUCGCUUUCAAGAAGCCCUUCGUAGCAGAGAUCCUUGGUGGUGGGUUCGAGAAGCUCCAAAACGAGACAUUCGAGAUGUUGCGCCACCCUCGAAUAAAGAAGAUCCACUCUGAUAGGACAUGGGAAGACGCAGUCACCAUGGAAGACCUCGAGCGCAUGGCUGAAGAGAAGUGGAAUGUACCUGAUGCAGACAAGCUCGACGGCCACGCGCGAGAUGUUGCGCUGCUGGUGAAGAAGUAUCAAAACACCUUGUCCUCGACACAGUACUCGGUGGACGGCAGCACACAAGGCAAGGGCAUACGAGCAUCUCGAGAACUGCGCACACUCGUACGCGAAGACACUUCAGAGCGACUCUCUAUUACGCCCUUGCCAGUGCCAAAACCAUCUGGCCCCAUCUCAACGUCGGCGUCCACUCCACGCGCUGCCACUCCUCCCCCGACGAAAAAACGCAGCUUUGUCGGACUCAUUAGCCCGCCCACAGUAAAGCGGCGUAGGGUCUUCAACCCACUCCGGGACUCAAGCAGUAACUACAACUUGGGCUCGUUCAUCUUUGAUUCGCAAGAUGGGACUAUUCAUAUCUAUCCAAAAGAAGGGCUGAAGGUACAGGUUCAUAGGGGGAUAACUGGGGAGGGAAAGUGA